AUGUUAAAGCAGGUUCUUCCCCUGCCACUUCACCCACGUAGAGCUCAACAGCUCUUCCAGGACGUUCUGGUCAAGGAUUCCGAGCUGACGCCGCAGCUUCCAGACAAAUCCCUACCGCAGCGUCUUUUUGAACUCCAGAGACUGAAUUUGAUCGGCAUUCAAGAAGCCAAACGUGGAACUCGAUUUCAACGCAUUCGAGCAUCGAGUCCUCAUAAUGAAUUCGAGGAAGUGAAGCUAGUGCUUACAAAAGAUGGAUCAACAAUUCAAGUUAAAACGAAGACCUGCGCUGAGAUAGUAUCCAUUCUAUUGGUGAAGAUCAAACGGAUUAAGCUGUUUGUGACGCCAUUGAACAGUUUUUCGCUUCAACUUGAUGGCCUGGUAGAUGGAGACGGCAAUGCAGUGGAGGCUGGUGACAUUUUUGUCGCCUCUAAUGCUGACACGUUGAAUCGCUGGAUGGUAGCGCUUACGUGUGGAGUCAACGCUUUUCAGCAACACCAGGCCGCACAAGUGAAUUACCCUGAUGCUAAACAGGCAGAUCUCGUGUGGCAGGCUGUACGUCUACGUAUAUUUGAGCUAGCAGGAGUUCUAGGGACGCCGACAGCGAUCGAUCAUGUUACACGAGUCAUUCCGGACCAGGAUUACAAACAGUCGAAAGCUUUACGUCGGCGCGUGAACUUCCUUCAGUGUUAUACUAACAGGGCAUAG